AUGGCGGACGUCGACCGCCUCGCGACCAGCCACGGCCUCGUCUCGGCGUUGACCAUGGAACCAGACGACAGCCUCGCGACGCCCCGAGACUCGCUCGCCAGCGACGUCACCAGCGCACGACUGCGCCACUACCAUCAGGCAUGCGCUGCCAAACUCGAGACGACGUUGCAGCUCUUGCGCGAGUGCCAAGAGCGCGACCGCCGCUCUCGACAACGCGCCAGUCGCAACCCAUUGAGUGCAAGGGACUUGGGACGACCCGAAGGGCUGCAGGUGACUGGUCGCGGGCUCUUCCCCGCCCGCAGUGCUCGACAGUGGAAGCUACUGCGCGAGAGCAGCGAUAUCCAAGUGUACCGUCUCAAAGCGACGAGGCGGCGCGAACGCACGUCGACCGUGCAGGCUGUCGGGACGGUCCAUGGCUCGCUCCACGACGUCAUGAAUGGACUGUACGCCGACUCGACGAGGACGGCUAGGGUCCUCGAGAUGCUCUUGAGUCCGCGGUCUCUGGACGCCCGCGUGCUUCACGUGGACAAGAGCAGCACGGAGAGCAAGCCGUUCCAGUUCUCGGGCAUUGUCUGGAUGGCCCAGAAACUCCCGGGUCUAGGGCUCUGUCGACACCGUGACUUUGUCUGCUUUAAAAAGAUGGAUCUCAUCAAAGAUGACGUGGGCGAAGAAAUGGGCUAUUUGGUGCUGCAUUCGAUUGACCCGCUAGCUAAUGACCACGCCACGUCUGCUGUAAGCGCACGUGCUCACACAGGAGCCACGUGGCCACCACAUUAUCAGACGCAGUGCAGUAGUAGCUCGAGUUCGAUGAAAAGUGGCAGGUCAACCGACGUGGUACGAGGCUUUAUCUCGCUCGCAAUUGUGUUCAAGCGUCUAGCCGACGACCGAGUUGCCAUGUUCGCCCAUGGUCAAUUCAAUUCAAGUGGUCGCUUGCCACCUAUCCUGGGAGACCAUUGCAUUGCGGAAUGGCUCACGUCCAUGGCCAAUACAGUGCAGAGCGGCCAGGCCAAGAACUUGUCUGUUCUUCUUGCGGGUCAAAGGCAGGGUACAAGUGACCACGUUAGUUCCAGAGAGCGCUGUGGCGUGUGUGCUCGAGCGCUGUUUAUCUGGAAUGCUCCGCGAAACUGCCGCGGGUGUUGGAAGCCGUGCUGUCGUACUUGCCGCGUGACCAAGCCGAUCUUUUGUGCACACUCUCAUCCAAAUGGGAUCAGUGCUACCGGCGGGCCCUGCACAGAGACCUUUUGCCUCGCUUGCGUGUGCGAGGUUAUCCCCUCGGUGGCUACAAUAAAUGCCCGCUUGCUCAAACGGUUGGCAAAGAAACGUAAACGCGUGCCAACCUUUUUCCGCCCGACGAUCACAGCGUCUUCAAUCACGGACGGGUCCAUCCCACGGCAUCAGUACGAGUCAGUGGCUGCAUCAGAGCAAGCUGAGCGACUGUUGGCAGCAGCAGAGAUUUCUUCGAUCUCAGCACUGUCGUCGCGCGAAUCCGAGAAGCACCAGCAACACCGAUUGAGUGUCAGUACUCGACCUAAGAAACGAGCCUCCGUGCAAUCAGUGGAAGUUGCAGACCGGGAGGAACCAAACGGUGAAAGUGGGGUUCUCGAUGUUGCAAGUAUGAUGCUAGAAGUGCUUGAGCACUAUCAGGUUCGCCGUGGUAGCACCACAUCUGUCACCUCAGGAAUGUCGUCGUCGAAUGCGGGAACCUCGCUGCGAUCUUUUACUUCCGCGGAUUUGAGCUCGACUUCGACCAACUAUUUUACCUCGUUGCAGCUCGGACGUUAUCCGUCUGGGAACAGCUUGCUGACGCACAAUCAAAGUUUCCGCCAGCACGUUCCUGCCUUCACAACGACACGGCAUGCACAAGUGCCACUGGAACGCCGUAGAUCGACAACUGGUCAAGCACAGAGCAGUUUUUGGCUUCCGCGUCAGUCGACUUUGGUGAAGAAAGCAAAAGAUUCGUCACCGCCUCCACUUGAUGAAGAAUACUACCAGCGACUGCUCCAAACCUACUUGCGCCAUACCUACAGCAACCGCAGUUUGGCAAGUGCGCUGUCACACAGCAGUUUCGGGGGCAAGCCAAUGGUUAUUCCAUAG